AUGGCGUAUCGCUUGAAGAUGAGGGUUCUAUCUUAUUUGAAGGAGUAUGCAAAAGAAAUCAAGGAGAGAACGAGGGAGAUUCCAAAUGAGUACUUUGUUGUUUUGGUUGGAGAUAUGAUCACAGAAGAAGCCCUUCCAACUUACCAGAUGAUGCUUAAUACCUUAGAUGGUGUUCGGGAUGAAACAGGUGCAAGCCUUACUUCUUGGGCAAUUUGGACCAGGGCGUGGACUGCUGAAGAGAACAUGCAUGGUGACCUUCUCAACAAGUACCUCUACUUGUCUGGGAGAGUAGAUAUGAAGCAAAUUGAGAAGAAAAUUCAGUAUCUGAUUGGAUCAGGAAUGGAUCCCCGUACGGAAAAUAGCCCAUACCUUGGGUUCAUCUACACAUCAUUCCAAGAAAGAGCCACCUUUAUCUCCCAUGGUAACACCGCCAAGCUCGCGAAGGAACAUGGGGACCUGAAAUUGGCUCAGAUAUGUGGAACUAUUGCAUCAAAUGAGAAGCGCCAUGAAACUGUCUACACCAAAAUAGUGGAAAAGCUCUUUAAGAUAGAUCCCGAUGGUACCGUGUUGGAUUUUGAUGACAUGAUGAGAAAGAAAAUCUCUAUGCCAGCCCAUUUGAUGUAUGACGGACAUGACGACAACCUCUUUGAGCACUUUUCAGCUGUUGCUCAGCGGCUUGGGGUCUAUACUGCCACAGAUUAUGCAUAUAUAUUGGAAUUUUUUGUGGGAAGAUGGAAUAUGGAGAAGCUAAUCGGAAUUUUAGGUGAGGGGCAGAAAGCCCAGGAUUUCCUUUGUGGGUUAGCUCCUAGAAUCAGGAGGCUAGAGGAGAGAGCUCAAAGGAGGGCGAAGCAAGUUACUACCGUUCCUUUCAGUUGGAUUUUUGAUAAGGAAGUGAAGCUGUAGGUGCAAGUAUGGAAAAGCAAAGGUCAGCGUCACUCCUAAAAAUCUUUUUCCAAACAGAACUAGAGAGGAGUUUCUCAAGAUGUAA